UUUUUGUAUUGCGUGAUGGUGAUACAAUAUUCCUGUAUUCUUCAUUAAAAAAUUCCAUCCAUCGAUUGUUUAAGUUAUUUCAAAGUGAUACACCAUUAGUUUCGUAAGGUUUUAGAAUACGUCAAUGAACGCACAGACCAGAAAGGCUUUUGAUCGGUCAUGGGUCUAGUUUAAUGGCAUAUUGACGCUAAAUUAAUAAUUGCCAUACAAACAAAUAUACGUAAUUUAUUACUAUUAUUGAGUACAAAAGAAAACAAGUGUACAUACUGCAACAAUUGGAUAUUGCAGCAAAAGAUUGGAGUGAAAUGACUUGAAUAACUUGAUAAUGGGUAGCGGUAGUUCAAAGACCAAAACCAAGGAUCGGAAGCCGAAGGACGUAGGUAAAAACACGACACCGAAGAGGCAGAAGUCCACGGCAAAGAGUAGGAAUGAGAGCCUGCUGGCUCCUGAGCACCGGCAACCACCAAAGGGAAUGAGGCGGAACUCGGAUGGAAGGCGGUCGCGGACAGGCGCAGAGGGGGAGGGAAUACACAGCGAUUUCGUGCCAUAUGAAGCUGAGAAACUCGACCUAACCGGAAACUGGGAGCUGGAGGCAGGUGCAGAUGAGGAGACGCUGAUGACGGACAUCUCCUACCCACCUCCCCGUGCCGGCCGUCCCACCGCCGACAGAACCGCGCUACAGAGAGUCGACUUCGCUGUCAUACACACAAAUCUCAGCAGCCCCGUGUCACCGAAAGGGACGUUCAAGGAUGUGGCCUGUCAGGUGGUGGGGGAUGUGGGUCCGGAGAUCUGCCGCGUACGCGCCCUCACCACGUGGAUGGCAGGCCAGAAAGUGCGCUCCCGACAGUACGGUCAGGACGCCAAGCUCGACACCGUCCUUAACUACAUGAAACAGAUCAAAGAACAGAAAGGGACCUUUCCGGGUCUCUUGACAAAUCUAUGCAGAGCCAUUGACAUUCCCUGUGUGAUCAUCCGUGGUGUAUACAAGUCUGCGAGUCACGUGGUAGGAGAGGAUGACGUGCGGGAGUCGCGAUGCACGUGGAACGCGGUAUUUGUUGACGGCGGCUGGCAGCUCGUGCACCCGUUUCUUAUAUGCACACCGCUCGCGACAAAGAGCCCCGCCCUAGGUUGGACACUGCUUGAAUCAUCCCGGGAAGAAGUGUCCCAGUCUGUUGGGGCUGUGUUGAACAACUUCUUCUUUGCACCAAAGCCGUCAGACUUUGUUCGUUUUUGUUUUCCCGAUGAGUCCAAGUGGCAGUUGUUGGAGGAAAAGGUGACCUACAACACAUUCAUUAAGUUUCCCUUCCUUCGAUCGGCUUUUUAUGAAUCCGGGAUGCAGUUGAAGUCGGAAACCAAGUCUGUGCUUGUCUCGGAAGCCGGAAAAUGUAGCAUCAGAAUACAGUGUCCCCAAGAAAGCGUGGGCCGGACGGAACUGAUGUACGAACUGUACAGCGGGGACACCGACCCCGAUAUUGACCAGGAAAUGGGUCACGUUGUUCUGUGUGGGAGGAACGAAGACACAUGGAACGUGAAGGUCCAGUUUCCGGUCGACGGCACGUACAAACUGUGUCUCUUCGCCAGAAUUGAAAGUUGGUUCUUCUGGAUAGGCGACUUCAAGAUUAUUUGCGAUGUGCCGUGCAGCAAUUUUGUUACCCAGCCGGAAGUUCCGCAGGAGGUAGGUUUCGGCCCUUCUGUCCUGAGCGAGAAUGCAGGGUUGCUGUCCCCCUCGCACGAGGGCGGCAUCAUAUUCUACAGGCCUAAAGAAGAACACAUCAUCAAAUUCCUUACUAUCGAGAAAAUACUCCUCAAACACGAGAUCGAGAGUUCGGACGCGGAUAGCGCGGAGCUGCACCAGUACUGCCGCAUGCGACAAGGGCGGAGUGAGGCGGAGUUCACAGUGUGUCUUCCCCGCCCCGGUCAGUUCGCGCUCCGCAUUUACAAGGUGGACGAGAACGGGGAGGCCACGAACGUCGUCAACUAUCUCUUUACUGAUGACGACCAGGGCAGAGCAAGAGAGAACGUAUUUCAGCGUAAGGCACGAUGGAAGUUGCGGGAGGCGACUGCGGGUCGCGACAUCGAGCCUCUGGAUAAAGCACUGGACAAGUACACAGCCACCAAGCUUGAGCCAGAUGACGACUUCCUUCGCGGCCAGCGCAGACUCAAGUACCUCAGACUCAAGAAAGGAUUACGUGAUGGAAGAAUGCGACGCCACGAAGGGACGCUGGCAAAGGCUGUUGAGGAGGCAGAGCAAUCUCAGUUCCGGCACGCUCUCCAGCCCAACAUAGCUCGGGCGCGCGAGCUUCUAACGUGCCUCGAGGGGAUCGAAAUUUCAUGCCACGCGGUCCGCCAACUUGACCAUACUGCUGUCUCCGAGAUCGCCAACUUCAACAGCCCGCCAAAGGACGUGCAUAACACUAUGGUGGCAACGUACAUGCUGCUUGGCGAGGACAAGCGGGAGCUUCAGCGAUGGGGGUACAUCCAGGGCCUGUUGCGGAGGCGGGGCCGUGAGAGCAUUAUCCAGCGUAUCGGCCGUUUCCAGGAGGAGGCGGUGCCGGACCGCGGCACGGUGCAAGCUGUUAACCGAAUACACGACUCCGUACCGAAACCAUACAUCGUGUCCGCCAGUCUAGCUGCAGCGGCGUUCUAUAAUUGGGUGAGCGAUGUUUUGUCCCAUUUGAAUAACGUGUCCAAGAAUGCUACAGAUCCUGACGACGACGAGUCUUUUGAGACCAUAGACGGACAUUUCAUCAUGAAUUCCAACAAGCAGUCGGCGAUGACGUCACGAGACGACGUGGGAAACAUGUCCCAGGAUGAGGGUUUCCUUGAUGGUCAAGACACAGACUCAGACAAACACGCUCGCUAAAUAACCUCAAUAUUUCUAUUCUACAGUGUAUUAGGGCUUAGUAUCUUGAUAUUCAAUCCUAUACAGUUGAUAAGUUUUAAUGUGUCGAGUUUUAUAUGUAUUAUAUAUACGCGUAUAUAGAUAGAGACCUAGAGAAAUAUGCCACUCUUUAAAUUAGUGGCAU